UCUGACCUCUUCGCUUUGAGCCACAUGUUCACUCCCAUGGCCGCCGCUUGAGUCAAUGAGCGUAGACGCUGUGCCACGCAGCGAUGUUUGUUCCUGCGCCACGGCAGUUUAGCCUCUCGGAGGAGACCAAGGCGAGCAUCAAGGCAGAAGUGGCGGCGGAAGCCUCCACCGGCUUGCGGGGCGUGCAGGAAUCUCUGUUGCGUGCCGCCAGGAAGGCUCGAGAGCAGAUCUCCAAGGAAUGGAAGGACUUCAAUCCAGGCCCUCCAGUGCUGGCGAAGAAGCGCUGCUUUGAUGUGCACACCGAUGGCUGGGUGGAGGAACAGGUGAUGGUCCAGCUAGACUCUGAAGCCUUUGGCAAAGGAGCCGUGCGGGAGUGCUUCCGCAUGAAGGAGGUACGCUUGGAGACGAGGCAGUUCGCCCACAUGGAAGGCACGGAGCCCAAAGACGACUCCAACCAGGCGGCUUCGCCGCAUCUCAGCUUCGAAGCCAUUGUUUGCGGCCUGAUGGAGCUCCCUCGCAGCAGCCGACGCACCAUUUGGGUGGCGAAGCGUUCCAUCGCAGACCACCAUCGAAAGAUCAUGCACAGGCGAGAGUGUGAGACCGAUGUAAUUCACCAGACCUUCGCAAAACAUUAUGCGGAGCUCUUCAAUCAGGAGGUGCACCGGCAUGCUGUAGAAACUGGCUUGGGCCGCUGUGGGGCACAUGACAUCGACUUUUUGUUGACUCAUGUGGUUGAAAUGCCAGACAGGGUGACCAUGUCUGCGGAAGCCUUCGUGCUGGGUGAGUACCGGAAGCACAACACAAAUGGUGGCUGCACCAUAGGUCCGCGCACCACCCCACAGGCCUUCAGUUACUUUACCUUCAUCAAGUCUGGUCGCCGGCUGAUGAUCGUUGACAUUCAGGGCGUUUUGGAUCUCUACACAGAUCCAGUGAUUCACUUCCUUCCGAGUCAAGUCUCUGGGAAGCUGGCGGGUGCGGACAUGGAGCUGAACUUCGGGAUUCGUGGCUUUGCUUUGUUCCUUUGGAGCCACCGCCGGAAUGACAUCGACCAGCUGUUGAAUCUGCCGAUCUUUGCCCUCUCCCGCCACGAGGAAAGGCAUCUUGCUCCAAGCUCUUCAAGGACAGUCUCUCAGCUGAUUGCAACGACCAAGAAAAAUGCCAUGGUACCUCCGUGUGAGAGCGAUGCUCCUGGCUUUUCGGUGGAGCUGACAGAGAUUCCAAACGUGGAUCUGUCAGAUUGGUGCAACUGGCGCGGGGCAGUGCGGCAUCACAACAGUGAUCCUUUGCCCGAGGACUUGGUUGAGGCUGAGUGCCACAUGGAAAUUGCUGCCAUGUACAACGAGGGCCGCAUCACCUUGCGUCCGGAUGAGCCACGAGGACCUCCCGGGCCGAAGGAGGUGGAGUCGGCUGUCUUCCACCUUGUGGAGGCUGCGCGCCAGGACCUCCCAGAGGCGCUCUUGGCUCUGGCACGGCUGUGCUCCGGGGAAAAGUCAGACUUCCUUCCACAGGUGAAAGGCUUUGAACGAGAAAGCUUGCGGGGACUCUUGGCGAGAGCGGCCACACUGGGCGCCAGGCAUGCCAUGGCCUCCCUUGCAGAUUUGGUCCUCCGAGACUCCACUUCCAGUGUAGAAGAGCUGCAGCUGGCCAGCGAUCACCUUGAGGCGUUUGCAGAAGACAUCCUCGAGGAACGCCGUUUGAAAGCAGCCAAAGCGCAGGAGGAGUCUGAGGAAGAAGAGGAGGAGGAGGAAGAGGAAGAAGAGGAGAUGGACCAGGAACACAAUCGCCUUCACCGUCGGAACUUUGGAUGGGAUGCCCAUGGCUAUGACGCUUCAAGCGCUCUUCGCCGCGCAGCAGAGCUUUUUGAAGGCCCGUUAGCGCAGGUUCCAGACGCAGCAAGUCAAGCAUCCAUCCUGCGUAAACGCAGCGAAGCUGCAAAAGCCAGCUGACAUCGCCAGAAAACGAUUACUGAA